GGAACGAAUAAAAUACGUAUAUUGCAACCAUAUGAUUGAUGACCGAGUAGUUAGAUGGUAAGACCCUAAGAUUGAAUAAUUAAAUGGGCCGUACUACAGCUGUGAGCUGUGCCGCAGUGCGUAGAGUGGGUGAGAAAUGCAUAGCAAGCAAUCAUCAAAUUAGAAAGACCGGAAUAUGGCAAGCGUCUCUGUGUUAUCUGCUGCUGCCCGGAGAUUGGAAGGCAAAGUUGCACUCAUCACAGGAGGUGCUAGUGGAAUUGGUGAAUAUGCUGCUAAACUUUUUACCAAACAUGGUGCCAAAGACAUGAUUGCUGAUAUUCAAGAUGACUUGGGCCAAUCAGUUUGCAAAAAUAUAGGCCCAUUAGUAGCCUCAUACAUCCAUUGCAAUGUCACCAAUGAAGCCCAUGUUCAAAAUGCAUUGGACUCAACAAUGGCCCAAUAUGGAAAACUCGACAUCAUGUUCAAUCUACAACAGUCAAAGCAUUUCAAUUCAAUUUUUCACCAUCAAAACCCAUGAAAUUUCCUUACCUUUUUACUCUUAUAAUUUCGAUUUCGAACCACCACAACCACCAUUAACACCGCCAACACCACCACCACCAUAGAGCCACCGCUGUUUUUUUUCUCCCUACCGGAAACCACCACACUCGACUUUAGACCAUCGAACACCACCAUCGCUUCCUUGCCCGCCCCUCUUUCCCUCGUUCUCCCGCCGCCUCCCCUGCCUCUCUUUCCGCGGCAGCGCCGCACCUACCACCAUCAGCGCCGUCAUUCCGGCGUGCUGCUUGCCUGCGCCUCUCACCUCCUUCCUCCAGUCGCGGACCACCGCCGCACCCUCCUCCCUUUUUCUUCUCCCUCCUUCUUGCCUUGUUGCCCACUCCUCUCCCUUUUGUCGACUUGCAAGAAGUCAGGAAACCCAACCAAAUUCCUGACUCUUGCUUCCUUGCUCUAAUAAACCCAAAUCAAAGGCUGGCCCAAUACUAAUAUUUGGGCUUUGGUAAGUUUUUAACUCUUUUUAAUUUCUAUUUCAGAUUUUCAAAUGUAUUAACAAUCAU